AUGUCUGCACCCGAAAACGAACUGCUAAAGAAGCUCCAAGAGGAGCCUCACUUGCUUGCCGUCGGCGAUGAAAGUCUUUUGUCGCUAGCGAAAGCUGCGACGAAGUCGCUGUACGAUGAAGGCAUACAAAGUGAGAAACAGGCUAUGCCGUACAUAACGAAACUGAUUGAUUCAUGCAUGCCACAAUCUGCCUCGACUAUGAAGCGGAAACGCGAUCAAGUGGGCGAUGAGGCACCGAUGUACCAUCCUCUCUUCCCGCCAACACAGCUCGACAGUCUCGUUCUUGAUGGAAUGGGCAAUGAACAGGUAUGGCAACAGCUUGAAUUGCGUACAUCCAAGUUGGCUCGUGUGCUCGGUAGUGUGAUGACCAGCACGGGAGCUGACGAAGAGGAAGAGUCAGAUGAGUCGAGCGACGAUGCGACGAUGGACGCGCAAAGCGACGAGGAUGCUUGGGUCGACGAAGAGGAUAAAGAUGAUGACGAAGAAGCAGAGGAAAGUGCUGAUGAAGGAUUUGCGGGAGCAUCGGACUUCAGCGAUGUGGAUCCGAACGAAGUGUUUUACGAACCUCUCCAAAGUGAAGAAGAACAACAUCAACGCAAAGCAGAGAAGGAACGGGAAGAGAUGAUGCAAAUGUACAACAUCUCUGAUCCUGCGUUGCUUGAUGCUCUGCUAGGUCAACAGGGAGCGGAGGACGAGGACGAUGAAGAGGAAGAGGACAAGCCUGUUACGCCCUUGCGUGGCCGGCAUCCUACUUUGGAUGACGACUUUUUCUCUAUUGACGAAUUCAACCGGAUGACAGAAGCAGAGGAGCGUCGUAGUCAGACGCAACGUGCCAAUUUAUCGGGUGAAGAGGACGAUAUCAACUUUGACGAUGACAUCGACUUGUUUGCGCCGAUAGACGACGACGACGACGAUUCAGAGGAGGAAGACGAAGGCAUGUCUGCCGCGGAUAUCCGUUACGAAGACUUCUUUGAUCCUGUGCCGCAUAAAUCUACGGCGUCCACUUCACGACCGAGCCAAGCUCCAGCGGCGGCGUCACCACCCACUCGCAAGACCCUUGUGCGUUUCCAUGAACAGGUGCGUGUUCGACCGAUCAAGCGAGCGAAGUCUCGUCCUUCGGCAGGUUUGAUUGGCAAUGGCGAAGACGACCUGGAUGAAGAGGACAGCUUCGAUGAGCCUGAGAAUGAGGAGGUCGACGAAGAGGAAGAUGACGAAGAGAAAGACGAUGAAGACGACGAAGAGAAAGACGAAGGGGAAGAGGAAGACGAAGGGGAAGAGGAAGAGGAAGAGGACGACAUGGAAGAAGUCGACCUUGACGAUAACGCAGAAGAAGAAGAAGAGAGCCUCAACAAUAUGGAGGAGGAUGACGAGGCCCUGGCGGAUGCGACUGCCUCGCGGGUCGCGCAGGAUCUGUUUGCCGACGAGGCAGAGGACGUCGACACACCGCAGUCCACGCAUGAACGCCACUUAGCACAGUUGGCGGAAGAAAUUGCACGCUACGAAGAGGAGAAUGUACAGCAGCGAGACUGGACGUUGAUGGGUGAGGCCAGUACACGGGAGCGCCCAACGAACAGUUUACUGGAAGAAGACUUGGAGUUUGAGCGAACGGCCAAAGCUGCACCGAUACAGACACAAGAGCAUGCAGAAGGCAUCGAGGCCAUGAUCAAGCGGCGUAUUCUUGACAAGCAGUACGACGAUGUGAUCCGGCAACGUGAUCUGGAUGCGUUGCCAUUUACCGCUUCCAGCAUGCUGGAGCUUUCUGAUGCGAAGAGUGCCAAGAGCUUGGCGGAGUUGUACGAAGAUGAGUACCAAGCUGCACGAGGCACAGAGCAGGGCCAAGCGCCUCAAUCUGAGGCUGAUGAAAAGCUGGCGAACGACCAUGCGUCGAUUGCAGCCGACUUGGAAUCGCUCUUUGCCAAACUGGAUGCGCUGAGCAAUGCACACUACACGCCGAAAGCACCGAAAGCGGCCAUUCAAACCUUGUCGAAUACCGCCUCGAUUGCCAUGGAGUCAGCGCUGCCGACGACCAUGUCGACAGGUACUAUGCUAGCACCUGAAGAAGUGUACGAGGCGCCCAAGCAUGCAGCUGCACUGACAGGCGACAAGAGCGAGAUGUCGCAUACCGAGAAGCAGCGUCUGCAUCACCAGCUGCGCCACGAAAAGCGGAAGCGCAACGAGCGGAUCCAGCGUGUGGAGGCGGCCAUCGAGCGCCAGCGCGGCCCACGCAAGUCAGAUACCAAGGCGGAGAAGGACAAGGCGCUCAAGGGGUUGCUGGGCAACAAGGGCGUCACGGUCGUCGGCAAGGACAGCCAACGCGCCAAACGCGAUGCAGCCAAGCCGGCGCCUUCGUCGUCUCGUUUGAAAUUGUAG